AUGAAUCCACCUGCGGUCAGCAAGUCAAACACACGUGGAUACCAUCAGAAAGCACUAGCUGAGAUCCGUAAUUCGCUGCUCCCAUUUGCUAAUAUUGGUGGUGCAGGAGAAGUUGGUUCUAGUGCUGCUAGUACAAUAUCAACAGCAUCAACUACUAGCGGUGUUAGUUCAGCUUCUGGUCUCAGUGGCUUAUCUGGUACAUCUGGAUCUAUAGUAGACAAACCUGAUCAACGUCAGGCAUUAGCACAACUUGCAGCAAUGGGUUACACAGAGGAACUGAGUGUGCGUGCGCUGAAGGUGACAGGUUGGCGACCCGAUGCGGCUGUCGAGUACUUGAAACAAGCUGCAGCCAGCUGUCAUCAGGUCGAUCAAACGAGCUUAAAUGGCAUGAGCAAGUUGAAUACCAAACUGAUCCGCAAGCCAAGUCUAGAGCGUGAAUUGUCUCUACAGCGGGGCUCGCCAGCUCUAGACAGCGGUGCUGGGAGCUCGCGCUCCGAUAGUCCAAGGUUGCCUACAGAAGCCGGUGGCAUUAGUCCACACCAUCCUCAACUUAGCCGUCAGUACUCGCCCAGUAGCUUCGUCGAGCGCGAGCCUCCUCCUCCGCCACCCCCUCGCUGCAGCUCCACACCUCCACCACCUCCGCCACCUCACGCACCCUACAGUCCACCUAACGUCCCCACCAAAAUGCAAGAGAUGCUGAAACGCAUGUCACCUGCCCCCGUCGUGCCCAGUCGAGCACCCUUACCUGCGCCUGUAAGUGCUAGUUCCGGCGCCGGUUCGAUGAGUGUAACGCAACGGGGUACCAGUCCCGUGUCCACGUCCAGUGCCGGCUCCAGCGGUAGGCAGCCUAUGAUUGUACAGAAUGGACCACAGGUACAGCAGCAGCUCUCGCAACAAAUGCAAGCUCUGAGUAUCUACCAGUCCAAUAAUAGCGCAAGCUCGAACCAAGUGGAGCCUCCUCCCCCGUACCCAAUCGUCUCGUCGUCAGCUGUAGGCCCGGUGCAGCCACCUUCCUACAGCGCCUCAAUGCAGAAUCGCCAAAGUCCCACUCAGUCUCAGCAGGAUUACCGCAAGAGCCCGUCCUCGGGCAUUUACUCAGGGCCAACUUCGGCGGGCUCGCCUAGUCCCAUCACUGUGUCGACAAUGUCCCCCAACAGCCAGUCCCAGUCAAUGGCGCGGCCCACGCCUUUGCAAGCUUGGGGCGCUCGCCAAGCCAAGACCCAGCCGCCUAUCAUUAUGCAAUCGGUCAAGUCCACCCAAGUGCAAAAGCCCGUGCUACAGACAGCCAUCGCGCCCACCUCGCCCCAGCCUAUCUCCAACACCAGCAAUACACCCCCACCGCCCCCCAGCUACGCUUCGUCGAUACAGCAGAAGCAACAGCAAGCGCAGCAGCAGGCUCAACAGCAACAACAGCAGCAGCAGCAGCAACCCGUCCAACCACAACCACCGCCUCCGGCAUAUCCACCUGUCGUUGGAAACAGCAAUGGGGCGCCGGUUGCGGCUGCGGUUAACAUGGGGAUGUCCGUUGGCGUGCCCACGACUGAGCCACCAAGCUACGCGACGACUAUGCAAGCGCUUGCCGCUCAGAGGGGUAUGCACCAUCCACUACCGCCUCCACCCUAUGGAACGCCUACAAGUGAUGAUUCCUGUGGCAUGACUAUCGGUUCGUCGAUGGAAAGCAGCUCGGCGCCUCGUUCGUCGCCUGUAGCUCAUCAUCCUCCUCUCCAGAGAAAAUAUUCCCCUGCUACAGUAGUUAUAGAAAGUGGAUGCCAACAGCAUUCAUCAGAAACACCACCCUUACCACCGACGGCUUCGAGUUCGGUGUCCAAUGCGCCCCGCAACAACACCAACCAUUCGUCACCAAUCCCAGAUGGUGACAAGAAAAAGAACAACGAUGGCGGGGAUUCUGGUAACAACGUCGGAGGUGGUGGCAAUGGUGCCAACAAUCAGUACAAGAUAAAGCAUCAAUCGCCGAUUCCUGAGCGUAAGCACAUGAGCAAAGAAAAGGAAGAGGAGCGUCGGGAUUGCAAGGUGCGCAACUAUUCGCCCCAAGCUUUCAAGUUUUUCAUGGAGCAACAUGUGGAGAACGUACUCAAAUCGCAUAAACAGCGGCUCUAUCGGCGCUUCCAACUCGAGACUGAGAUGCAGAAAAUCGGCCUAAGUGCUGAGGCUCAGUGUCAAAUGCGCAAGAUGCUUUCACAGAAAGAAUCCAAUUACAUAAGGUUAAAAAGAGCAAAGAUGGACAAGUCGAUGUUCAGGAAAAUCAAGCCCAUUGGUGUUGGUGCUUUUGGGGAGGUCACGCUCGUCAGGAAACUAGACACUAAUCAGUUCUAUGCUAUGAAAACAUUACGAAAGGCAGACGUUUUAAAUCGCAAUCAAGUAGCGCACGUAAAAGCUGAAAGGGAUAUUCUCGCGGAGGCAGACAACGAGUGGGUUGUCAAGCUUUACUACUCCUUCCAAGACAAAGACAAUCUGUACUUUGUCAUGGAUUACAUACCCGGUGGUGAUCUUAUGUCGCUGUUGAUAAAAUACGGUAUAUUCAAGGAGCCACUGGCCAGGUUUUACAUAGCGGAACUAACCUGCGCUGUCGAAAGUGUACACAAAAUGGGUUUCAUUCAUCGUGAUAUCAAACCAGAUAAUAUAUUGAUUGACAGAGAUGGGCACAUCAAGCUCACGGAUUUCGGACUUUGUACAGGCUUUCGUUGGACGCAUAAUUCGAAAUAUUAUCAGCAAAAUGGUCACAACAAGCAAGAUUCAAUGGAUCCGUCAGACGAUUGGAAUAACGAGUGUCGUUGCAUUCAGCUUAAGCCACUUGAACGAAGGCGACACAGAGAGCACCAGCGUUGUCUUGCUCACUCAUUAGUUGGUACUCCAAAUUACAUAGCGCCCGAAGUCUUACAACGCACUGGAUAUACGCAGCUGUGUGAUUGGUGGAGUGUCGGUGUUAUUCUUUAUGAAAUGCUGGUCGGCUCUCCACCGUUUUUGGCUAAUACACCUGCAGAAACGCAGUACAAGGUGAUCAACUGGGAAACGACACUGCACAUACCAAAGCAGGCAAAUCUGUCACCCGAGGGUAAAGACCUCAUUUUAAAGCUGUGCGUGGGUGCUGAUAAGCGAUUGGGUAAAAACGCGGACGAGGUGAAGUCGCAUCCGUUCUUUGCUAGCAUUGACUGGGAAAAGGGUUUGCGUCGUCAAGUAGCGCCACACAUACCCAACAUUCGCAGUGUCACAGACACGAGUAACUUUGACCCCGUGGAUCCAGACAAGCUACGCAACUCGGAGUCUUCGGAUUCGAAUAAGUCCGACGAGCUGCUCGAUAAUGGCAAGCCCUUCCAUGGUUUCUUUGAGUUCACGUUCAGGCGUUUUUUUGACGAUGGUGGUGGUCCCUCGUAUCCUAGUCGAAUCAGCCUAGAAGAUAACGAUAAUUCGGGUCCUGUUUACGUAUGACAUUAGGCCUCGUGACGCGUGUAUCGUUCAAUACGCGUGUCCAGGUGAUUUAAGUUUUAUUAAUUUAAAGUUGUUCAUUGUUACGAUGUAUGAUAUAGUGUGUUGAGAUUGGACGGUUUCAUUAUAGAUGAUUUUAGAAUUAACAAGCUUCAGACAAAGUGAAAGUCUGCUGCUACUUUUUACUAAUCAUAAUAUGUAUUCGCGAUAUUAAAUUUAGUCAUACUUCGAAUUAUUAUUUAUAGUGAAAUCGUCUGAUCAAUGGAUCGCCACUAAGCCCUGUUAUCUAACAGUUUUGCGCGUGAUCGUGAAACAAAGAUUAUGAAGGAAAUAAUGAAAGGUUUGCGUGUACGAACGAAAGUGUUAAAUGAAAUAAAUGCUCCCAAGGGAAAAACUCAUAAGACUUGAAAACACAUAUGGCCGAAUUUGAGAAUGUCGGUCGUUGUCGGUGUAUGCUGAUCACGUUUCUUUAUAUUUAUUUUUUUUUUCUCGUAAACAUACUUUAGCUUGCCAUUUUUCUCACAUAUAAAUUGGCUUUUGAAUUAAUAAAAAAAUAAGCGGAUCUUUUUUUAGAAUAUUUCAGCAAGUACUGUGAUAUUGCAAAUACUAGCAUAAUCUAGCUUUCAAUUAUAAUUGUAAUAUUCUUUGACUUAGUCGGACGUUAAUUUAAAGAAAAUUUGUUGAAGUAAUUCAAUUGAGUUUCUUUAAACUACCCUAACUAACGUAUUUAAAUUUUUUUUUUUUUUUUUUUUUUUUUGUUAUUUUUUCUUUUUAUUUUUUAUCAAAUGCUGAAUUCACCUGUAGUUCUAUUAUAAUGUGAAAUAGUGUAUAGUACUGUAUUUAUAACAUUCAUCUAAAUUUUGCGAAUGAAUAUAGUAGAAUGUAAUGCGUUUGUUUUAAACACUUUUUUUUUCACCUUUUUUCGAACGUGGACUUAACAUUUAUCAGAAUUACUUGCCGAGUAAGUUGUAUAAUGAUCAACGUUUUACUGUUUUUAUAACGUUAAUUUCGAAUCCUUAUGACAAAGUAAGUUAUGUGAUGGUAUCGGGUUUUUCUAAGAAACAAUCGAUUCCUCGUCGUUUCUUAUGUAUAAUCCAUAACUAACUUUUCAUUGUCAAACGGUAUGAGUAGUAACCAUGUAUUAUUAAUAAAAAGUUUCAAAGUAGAGAAUUUUAUCAACAUCAGAAUGGGUAAAAAGAUAAUGUCGAUAAAUAUAUAAUAUGUUGCCUUCCUGUUUCUUAAGGUAUUUUGUUGCUUUUUAUGUGAUGUUUGUGAAUUAUAUGAUUAGAAAGG